AUGGAAGUAGAUGAUAAGGAUAAAGUAAAUUUGUUGGAUUUGGGCAUUUUGGUGAAAGCAAGCUCACAGUCAUCACAGCUUUCACAACCUUCACAUCCUUCUCAACCUUCUAUCAGUGUGGAAACAAAGCAUAAGAAGAGGAGGGUUGUUAGUAAGAGUCAACAAAUUGAGGUUGAUGAUGAUAAGGAGACUGACAGUGAAGAUAAUGAUGAUGAUGAUUGUAUUGAUAAUGAGUUAAGUGAUGAUGGAAACUUAGAGUAUGUGGAUGAUAGUUAUGAACCAUUUAAGGAUCCAUUGUGGGGUAAUCACGUAGUUGAAAAUGAUAAUGAAAGUAAAUACAUCCAAAGGCUUUUUCAAAAUGGUGAGAUGUAUGUAGAUAGGGGUUGGGGCAAUAUUAACCUUGCACCAUGGCAGAUUUUCACUGAUAAGCACCACGUAAGGGAAGUUGAUAGGGACUACGCAAUACAGUGUGGUUUUGAAUUCUUGGUGGAGAGGGAAAACAACAAGAUUUACACUGUAGCUUGUUUGGAUGCGGGUUGUGGAUGGAGACUUCAUGCUAGUAGAUUACCAGAUGGCACUACAUGGGCUAUAAAAAAGAUUGACAAUCAUGAACAUAACUAUAGAGCCCUAGAAACACAUAACAACCUUGUCACUAUAAAAUGGGCAGCUAUAAAGCUAAUGGAUGACAUUAGGGCAAAUAAUGACAUCUCUGGGAAGACUUUAAAUGAACUAUUGGAGUCUAGGUUUCGGGUGAGUUUGAAGACUAACACAUUGUAUAAAAUGAGGACAUUGGCAUUAAAAGAGAUUAACAGAGGACAUGAUGAGAGUUAUGGCUACUUACCUAGUUAUGCAGAGAUGGUGAAGCAAACUAAUCAGGGCUCUGUUGCUAUUUGUGCAUGGGAAGCAGAAGAGUCCAUUGAAAGGCCUUUGACAUUCACUAGCAUUUUCAUUUCUUUUGGAGCUACAAUUAGUGGAUUAGUCAACGGUUGUAGAGGUUUAAUUGGGGUUGAUGGUGCACAUCUCAAGGGUCAAUAUGGAGGCACACUCCUUUCAGCUAUUGCUCUAGAUGGUAAUAAUCAGCUAUUUCCUAUUUCUUGGGCUAUUAACAUACUAAAGGACAGUGGUAGAGGUGAUGAUUGGACCAUCAUAUCUGAUAGACAGAAGGGAAUUGAGGUAGCCUUGAAUGAGCUAUGGCCAACUGCUAGGAGGAGAUAUUGCUGCAAGCAUUUAUUUGCAAACUGGAAGAAAAAAUAUCCAAGGCCGUUGAGGUAUGCACUAUUUUGGAGGGCUGCAAAUGCCACUUCUCUAUUUAAGUUCAUCAAAGCUAUGGAAGCCAUUGACAACGCGUACCCUAUGGCAAGGGAGUGGCUUGCACAUAUUGGAGAUCAAUCAAGAUGGACAAAGUAUGCAUUUGACCCUAAUGUUUGUUGUGACGAGAACAGAACGAACUUUGUUGAGAGCUUCAAUGCAACUCUUGGAGUUGAUAGGUGGAAACCUGUUUUAACACUACUUGAGGGUAUAAGGAGGGUAACUAUGGUAAGGAUGGCCACAAGAAAGAACAAGAGUGAAAACUGGAUAGACACUGAUUUUUGUCCUAAUAUAGUGAAGAGAAUGAAGUCCCUGAUUUCAGACUCAAGAACAUGUAAGGCUUUCAAUUCUGGUGAUGGAUUUUAUGAGAUUAAAGAUGGUAAAUCCACUUUGUCUAUGAGCUUAAAUGACCGAACAUGCAUGGGAAACGCAUGGCAACUCACUAGGAUCCCUUGCAAGCAUACUGUGCGGGCCAUUCUACAUUCAAGCCAAGAUCCCAUAAGGUUUUGCAGUGAUUGGUACAGUUGCAAAAUGUACAAUUGUGGAGAUUUUUGUUUCAUUGGUUUUUCAGAUGUUGAUUAUGCUGGUUAUAAGAAAAAUUCAGUUGUCUUAUCUACGGCUGAAGCUGAAUACAGAGCUGCUGGUGCAUGUUGUUCUCAAAGCUUAUAG